GGCACAUUGACUGUGGUCUGGGAGGAGUGACUCGUUGACUGCGGCGAUCGCAAUUUCGGCAACAUGGGAAACGUUGUGGGAUUUAUAGUGAACGGAUUUUAAGAGCUGUCGGGAAAAUGGCGGAGAGGUUGGAAUGGGUGGAGAUCAUUGAGCCACGCACACGGGAGCGUAUGUACGCCAACCUGCUGACAGGAGAGUGUGUGUGGGAUCCUCCUCAGGGUGUGUGCAUCAAGCGGACCGGUGAAAACCAAUGGUGGGAGCUGUUUGAUCCCAACACCUCACGCUUCUAUUACUAUAAUGCCUCCACCCAGCGCACUGUAUGGCACCGGCCACAGGGCUGCGACAUCAUCCCCCUGGCCAAGUUGCAGACUCUCAAGCAACACACCGACACCACCAACCCCCGUCCUGCAGGAGGAGGCAGAGCUUCAGCGGACAACAGCCCGGGACGUAAUAGUGGGGUCAGCCGGGAGGGAAGCACCUCCUCCUCCCUUGAUCAGGAGCUCUCUGAUAAACAGGGCAGCAGAGAGGAGGCAGACAGGACGUCUCCCUUCAGGUGGAACACUGGCACGAAGGAGCGGAUGCUGAUCAAGGUGACGGACAGAGAGCCCAGUUUCUUGGCCCACCAGGGAAAUGGUUACUCCCCCUGCGACCCCCCCACCCCUGGUCCUCCUUCUGGAGGGGGCACUACCUCCAGAACCCGGCAUUCCUCCGGAGGAAACCCACCUUCAGAACCUGACGGCUCCCCUGUUCUAUACACUGACCGCCGCCAGUCUCCCUUCCUGAAGCGGGCUGAGUUGGGCAGCACAGGCACCCACCGCCGCUCCUCUGCCGAUUCGCAGCCUCCCUCGCCCCGCUACGCCUAUGAGCCCCCUCUAUAUGAGGAGCCGCCGUCAGAGUACCAGCCCCCACCCAUCUACGAGGAGCCUCCCACUGACAUGCACCUCUCUGACUCCUCCUCCUUCUUUAGCACCGGCAAGUCACCCGCUCGCAAGGCUUCGGCCCCCCUCUAUCACUCCCCCAAACAGGGCCAGUCGCCCUAUGGCCAGCUGGUUCUGACCAGGCAGAAAUGUCCAGAAAAGACCCAGAGUCUGGAGUACAGUCCUGUAGGGAAGGAGUACGUCAAGCAGCUGGUGUAUGUGGAGCAGUCGUCUUCCAGCCCUCGCUUCAAGACUGCCGACCGUCUGGUGCGUUAUGGCACUACGGGGGGCUAUGGUGGCUCAUAUGGAGGGUCCUAUACUCUGCAGCAUAGCCAGUCUCUGAUCAGGGACCCCCGCCUGCUGCUGGACUACAGUGGGGAGGGUGGAGAGGGAGGCCAGAGGUUGCUUUAUGAGGACUCCAUAUCCUGGACAUCUAGCCAGACACAUUCCCUUUCCUCCUCCUCCACAGGUGGUCCCGGGGCUUUCUCUCCUGGAGGUAACCGUAAACGUAAGAGUCGCAAGCCAUCUCUCCCACAGGAGCUGGCACGAUGUGCAGGGCUGGAGGGGGAGCUGGCAGGCACAGCAUCCGAGGCAAUGUUGGCCCAAGCCAGGCUGGCAUGGGAGGCCCAGCAGGUGAUGAAACAGAGGAGCAGUUGGGACUCCGGGCAGGGAGUGGGAGCCACCCAGGGCGGCAGCUCCAAAGAUGGCUACGAGAGCGAUGGGGCAGUGCCUCUGCCAUUACCGGGACCGGUGCAGAGGGCGUUCAGUGAGGAUGAAGCACUGGCCCAGAGUGAUGGUCACCACUGGAAACGCAGCACCUUUGAUCGGCUGGGCUUCCCCCAAGCACUGCUGGAGAAGAGUCUCUCAGUCCAGACCAACCUGGCCUCCCCAGAGCCUUACCUCCAUCCUUCACAGUCGGAGGACCUCGGAGCCUGUGCCCAGUUUGAAGCUAGUCGAAAUGCCAGGAAUAUGAUGCCAAGUGCCAGCUGCGGCAUUUUCCCUGAAUUCACCCUGAGAAAGCCCUCUUCAGAAACUGACAUCGAGAACUGGGCAUCCAAGCACUUCAACAAACACACCCAGGGUCUGUUCAGGAGAAAGGUGUCCAUUGCUAACAUGCUGGCCUGGAGCAGUGAACCCAUCAAGAAGCCCAUGAUUGUGACCUCUGACCGCACUGUGAAGAGGGAAGCAGUGGACAUCUUUAAGCUCAUCCAGACCUACAUGGGUGACCGUCGCACCAAGGCCGACCCCAUCUCUGUGGCUCUGGAGGUGGUGGUGCGCGGGUGGAGUAAUCAGGGUCUGCGUGAUGAGCUCUACAUCCAGCUGUGUCGUCAGACCACAGAGAACUUCCGCUAUGACAGCCUGGAGCGAGGCUGGGAGCUGAUGGCCAUCUGUCUGGCCUUCUUCCCCCCCACACCUCGCUUCCACACCUACCUGGAGGGCUACAUCUACAGACACAUGGACCCUCUGAAUGACACCAAAGGAGUGGCCAUUAGCAGCUACGCUAAAUACUGCUACAGGAAACUAACGAAAGCUGCGUUGACUGGAGCCAAGAAGGGCCUGCAGAAGCCCUGUCCGGAGGAAAUCAACCAUGCCAGGAAUGCCAUCUUCAGCCCCUCAAUGUUUGGUUCAUCCCUGGAGGAGGUAAUGGCGCUGCAGAAAGAGAGGUAUCCAGACAGCCAGCUGCCCUGGGUACAGACUCGCCUCUCAGAAGAGGUUCUGGGUCUCAAUGGAGACCAGACAGAGGGCAUCUUCAGGGUACCAGGGGACAUAGAUGAAGUCAAUGCCCUCAAGCUGCAAGUGGAUCAAUGGAAAAUCCCCACAGGACUGGAAGACCCACACAUCCCAGCGUCUCUGCUGAAGCUCUGGUACAGGGAGCUGGAGGAGCCACUGAUCCCUCAUGAGUUUUAUGAGGAGUGUAUCAGUCACUAUGACAACCCAGAGGCAGCUGUCAAUGUGGUGCUUGGUCUGCCACACAUCAACAAACUGGUGCUCUGCUACCUCAUCCGCUUCCUACAGGUAUUUGCCCAGCCUGCCAAUGUGACCAUCACCAAGAUGGAUGUGAACAACCUGGCCAUGGUCAUGGCUCCCAACUGUCUGCGCUGCCAGUCCGAUGACCCAAGGGUGAUCUUUGAGAACACCCGCAAGGAGAUGUCCUUCAUCCGGGUGCUCAUCCAGCGGCUGGACACCAGCUUCAUGGAUGGGAUCCUAUAGCCCCCCCCACCCCCCCACCCCACACACACACCUCCAUACUUUACUCCCAGCCUCCCCUCUGCUCCCUUUAACCCCUCCAUGGCUGCCCCCCCAAACUCCCCAGCACACACAGUGUUGCUGCUGUGUGAACACGUCACCUCUCCAACAUGUUUACUUUAAGUCAGACAGGAUGAGCACAGACUGCCUUGUUUUCUUCAGUUUGUCCAUGCUACACUGUCUUUUCUAUUUCUGUAGACAUAGUCCUUUAAAAACGCAAGUAUUAGAGUUCCAUGCUUUUCAUAUGAUAACUGUACUGUAUGUGCCUUCACAUACAUUAACACAGUAUACACAUACAGUCUGAAGUAUCAGCAGGGAUCUCAUUGUUACGAUGGAGCACACCAAGUGUCAGGACCUCAGAGGGCACCUGAAAUCUUUAUAUGAACUGUUUUUUCUCUUUGUUUUCCCUGCUUAAAACACACACACACACACACACACACAUCUUAUUGAGAGGAAUGAUGAGAUCAUUUGGGCAUACAUUACUCAUACAGGUGUUCAAUCAAUCACACAUACACUCAACGACAUGAUGCAAACAUGCUGGGGGCUCAGCACCAGAUCUUCACAAGAUACAGAGCCUGCCUGCACCACUGCAUCACACUGAUCCUGCCUCAGACAGCAGCUGUGUCGAUAUUGUUUUACACUGCCACAACUCAACACAGAGGCUCUUCACACCUGCAUUUGUGAUCUGAACUUGUGCUGUCUCAACAGGACAGAAACCUCUACUGUCUCAGCCAGAUGUUGCCUGUUAGCCGUCAAGUGAGGAGAACUUGGACACUAAAUCAACUUAAAGGCUCCACCACUUCUUAGUUCUUACUACAUUGUAGAAGUAUGAUGUCUGAGCACUUUUUAUCAUCAAAGUGGGCUGUCACCAAAAUCUGGGGUAUCUGCAGAACUUGAAAAGUCACUGAAUUUAGUUCCCUUCAGAAAUGCCUUAGGAGGUAGUCUUAAAUGAUAUUUACAGAAGUCAAAUAUUUUCUCUCAACAGUUCUGAUGUCCGUCCGGAAGUGUUUUUUUCUGUCUGACUGCAGCUGUCUGUCUGGAGACAUCACACACACACAGAAACUAAAGUAGGAUUGUUGCAUGACUGCAGGAGGGUUUCUGUCAGCAGCAAACACUGUCACCACAGCUAGCCUCAGUAGCUAGGUGUUGGUUUUAACUGUUAAAUCUAUCUAUUGGUUCAUUAGACUUCAUUAUUUAUUGCUGGGAAAUAGUAACUAACAUGUGACACAAUAGUGAAUAUUUUCCUCACUGAUUUUUGAUCGUCCAUCCACACUUUCGAUGUGAUAUCAAUUAAAAGUAUGCAGUUGGUGAGGCCCGCAUAAACCCUGGUCAUAAAUGUUGUGUACACACUAACCUACAACACAUACUACAGGUACAUAUAUAUAGGCCUACACACGUGUUCGCAGACACCACAGAAUGUGAAGUCCUAGCAUGAGGGCUAAAGCUUAGUUACGUAUGUCUCUAAGAAUAAUUUGGAGUGGGUAUCGCCUACAUUGUGAAAAGAACUUGAAAAGUGUUGGAAAAGUUGGCAGGUGCAUCUGAAUAAAAUCCACCAUUAACAUUACACUUGUUAACACAGUGUGACAGCACUUGUGACUACAUGGCUAGCGCUGAUGGAAUAACACUCUAAAUCACAAUAACGGGAUCUUUUCCUCUGUUUUUCUUGUUCAUUAAUAUACUGCCUUACAGGAGAAACAUGGCCUAUACAAGUUGUCACAUGAUACACACGGGCUGUAAAAGACUUUGACUGUCACACAUUCACCCUCACAAUUAAAUCAUGUUAGCAUCCUUCAGAUAUGUGGAGGGGUAACAGGAAGUUAGUGGACUCAU